GAGAGAAACUCCAGCAAGUUGCACAUUCUAGGAGAGAAAGUGAGAGUGUUGGUGUGGACGCCUGAUAGAGGAGGGUGAGGAGAACAGACAUGUACCCAGAGGAUGACCUGGAUGGAUGUCCGUGACACACACGGAGAGUCUUCGGCCACUGGACGCAUGGAUUGGACACUUUGGUGUUAAAUUUGACCACGAUACGAGUGAAUAAGGUAACUGUUAAUUUAUCAACCGCGUUUUAUGUUAUUUUCGGAUGAGAUUAUAAUCUGCAAAUGACUGGAUCACAUAGAUUGAUCCAGGGGCUGUUGCGCAUUUACCGCAGCCUGAUGACUGUGCGUGCGUCUCAGCGGACGUCUGGAUGGAUGUCACUGUCAUUGUUCACUGGAUCGAGUGAUGUUGGUUUUGUUUCUGAUGUUUGUCUUAUUUGGUCACAGUUUAUUUUCACACUUCUUUUCGGAAAUGUUGUCGGGGGAAAAUGUAACUUUUUCACAUUCUGUAGCGAGACAAAUUAUAGAGGUGGGGAAAAAACAAACAAAUAUGUAAAUGAAUUUAAAACAUGAUUAAUGUCACUACAAUGUCAGAAAUAAUCAUGUUUAGGCUAAAAAUGCACAGCUUUAGAUGUGUUUAAACAUGUUGUUUGACUCAUAAAAUACGAUUUAAAUGUCUCACUUGUAUAAUAUUCGAAAUAGGAAUUCAAGUGAAAUAUAUAUGUGUUUUUAUUCAGAUUAUUUUUUUCGGCUCUUUACGCAUGACGCACGGAGGACACCGAAAGUAACGCCAAGUGUCCACCACCAGGUGAAUACAGAGGACACUAUGGACACCGAGAGUUUCAUCCAGCAGAUUGACCAGGACACGAAGUCCACUUCACUGCCCAUAUCAGUGACCACUGUCUGGUUGGACGGGAAUGACACCACCGGGAACCAGUUCCAGCAGCCAAGCUGGCAGGUGGCGUUGUGGGCCAUAGCCUACUCCCUUAUCAUCCUGGUGUCCAUCACUGGGAACGUCACAGUAAUCUGGAUUAUUCUGGCUCACAGACGGAUGAGAACUGUCACCAACUACUUCAUCGUCAACCUGGCCUUCUCUGACGUUUCCAUGGCAACCUUCAACACCCUCUUCAACUUCGUCUACGCCCUCCACAAUGACUGGUACUUUGGACUGGGAUACUGCAGGUUCCAGAACUUCUUUCCCAUCACAGCAAUGUUUUCAUCCAUCUACUCCAUGGCUGCCAUCGCAGUGGACAGGUAUAUGGCCAUCAUUCAUCCCCUAAAGCCCCGCCUCUCCUCCACCUCUACAAAAGUUGUGAUCGCCCUGAUCUGGAUCGUGGCCAUUUUACUGGCUUUCCCUCAGUGCUACUACAGUGAGACGGCAUAUUAUUACCCGAGAACUGUGUGCAUGGUCAACUGGCCUGAUGAUUUUGGAGGAAAACACCAACUGAGCUACCAGUUUGCAUUGAUUUUGCUGAUCUACUUGCUUCCCCUGCUGGUCAUGCUGGUGACCUACAGCAUAGUCGGCCAGUCACUGUGGGGAGGACACAUCCCUGGAGAGGCAUCCGACCAUUAUCACAGUCAGAUAACGGCCAAACGAAAGGUGGUGAAGAUGAUGGUUGUGGUGGUGGUGACCUUCGCCCUCUGCUGGCUGCCGUACCACAUAUACUUCAUACUGGGCUCAUUUAACAGAGACAUUUAUAAACAGCAUUACAUCCAACAGGUGUACCUGUCCAUAUUCUGGCUGGCCAUGAGCUCAACCAUGUACAACCCCAUCAUCUACUGUUGUCUGAAUCAAAGGUUUCGUGCCGGUUUCCGUCAAGCUUUCUCCUGCUGUCCCUUUGUCAAAGUGUCAGAAGAGGACAAAAUGGAACUGCAGCACACACACACCUUCAGAGUCACCAUGACACGCAGCCACCGCAGCGACACCCCGGGCAUUCACACCUCUAUCAAAACAAAGAACACCUUUGACACCAACGUCGCUGUCAAGAAAGAAUCAACAUCCGCACAACAGGAGUUAAAAUCACCUGUCACUAAACUGAUGGAGUUGAACGUCUAAAAAAAAAACAAAAACAAACAAACAACAAUGUCCUGGUGUGGACACCUACACUGAGAGGGAAACACGUUUUUUUUUUAUAGAAGAAUGCUGAGAUUGUCGAACAAUUUAAAACAGCUCUGCUGUAAGGUCACAGGGUACUGUCAAAAGAAAAGUCCACCACAUUCAGUCAAACACCACAGUUUCCUACCUUUCUAUUGCACGUGAAUGCAGCAUGAAUGUUAGCAUUCAUUUGCAGUAAGGACCCUCCAGGGUCAUACCUUUGUUUCUAACAUACAGUCCACAGUUUAGUACAAAUCUCUCCAGUGACCCGUGACAUUAAGAUGCUCACGUGUUACACUGCACAUGUAAUGAUAUUUUGAGCAUGUCCACAGACACAACACUGAGUCCCAAUGGUUACAAAAUGUUUUACUUAAGCUGUGCUACGGAUUAAAAAUAACCAGGAUGUGUAUUAAAAAACGAGUCACGGUUGGAGGAAAUGUUUUACCUGUUUACUCACUCUUGGUACUCAUUGGCUCUCCAACUUAUAGUAUUUAAGUCAGUACAUGAACACACGCAGCCUUUCUGUCAUUUACGAUAAUUAAAUGGACAACGUGUUUAGAGUUUGGGACUGUGUACCCCAAAGCAUGAAAAGGAGCAGUACCACUGGAAACCGUGGGGGCGGUGUUGAACCGUAUUGCUCAGUUCGUCCGUAAAAGGAACAACAAAAAGACAACAAAAUAACAACAAAUGUCAACCCAGGGAGAGGAAUUACCCCUCCACAUGCUGAGAAGUAUCUAAAGACCACCACUCUCUGCGCUGCCUCUGUUUGGACUCCUUUCUGAGCAGGAGCGUGAUCACGAACUACCCCACCGUCGCCAUGUUUGUUAUUGUUUGAGAAACUGAUGUUGACCGGGCAAUGAACUUUGAUAAUGAAGGCUGCCAUCUAGUGGGUCUAUCGCUUAACGACCAUGCCAAACAUGACAUGACGAGAGUCAUCGAGAUAUGUAGGCUAACCCACACAUGUAUUGUAAAGAGUUAGUAGAGAUACCAAGUAAUAGAAGUUAAAAAGACCCCCCUCCCAAAAAGGUCACAUUUCACACUGUGUUUGUAUUUGCUGCUAGAGUGGAUACGUGUGUAAAUAAUAGUAUUUACCGAAUACUAGAGUGGGUUGAACUGUUGACUGGCAUCAACCCCUUGCCUUAACAGUGUUCAUCUUUGUUCCUGUUUUAGACCUUGCUUAUCUGUUUUUAUUUAUUUUUAUUAUUUAUACACACAUAGCACUGAUAUUGAAAUAAAUUUUCCGGUUACGAGGUGAUGGAAUGAAGUUCAUCUUGAUGGCCAGUGUGUACUGACAAAAUGGCUGCUCAUCAUUACCCAGCUGGUGUGUAAUGAGCAGCUAGGAGCUAACACUGGUUGGGAGUUUUCCGCCCAGAAGAACAGACAACAUUGUUAUGUUUACGUUUUAAAAAUUAAACCUAAGAGAAAACAAAAUUAAAAAUGCAGAGGACAUAUAUUUAUUAUAUUUUUUUUUAAUGUAUUUUUUCCUGCCCUGACUUUUCUAGUUAUCGAUUCUCAAAUCCUUAAAAAGGAAAAUCACAUUUAAAAAAUUAACUACAGCAUUUCUUUGAAAUAGAGGGACACCAAAUACAAGCUGCACCCUCACGGUGUUGUUUUUUUUUAAAUAUUAUAUUAUACGUAUAUUUUUUGGCGAGUGGCAAGACGUGAUAAACUGAGGAACUUACUUUGAAAAACAGGUGCUCCUUUACUAGGAAAUAUAUGGCUUGACGUUUCCAUUGACCAUAUGCAGAUUCAUACUGUCUGCUCUGCACACACAACUGUUCUCUGAUGGGGUCUAAGCUGCAGCUUGACAGUGAUUUCGAAGCACUUCUAAAAUGCCCAUUCGCACUGAUACACUGUACAGUUCAUAUAAUGUGAUUUCACUCAUGCUAACUGUGUUUUGUUUUUUGUUUUUGUACGUGUAUAUUUGUGUCAGUGUAAAUUAAUGGAGUUAAAAUAGACAAAACUCUGCGGUUAUUGAACCGACUCUGAUGUGACAUGUGAUAUUCAAAUUGUUCAAACUGUACAUACAUAUGUGUGUUUAAUUAAGUGUAAAUGUGCCUGAAAUGCAGCUGCAGUGAUUGUUUCGUGACUACCAUCGUCUGUCAUAUUCAAUGUCUCGUUGUUUCUGCAGGGACUUCUCAGGUGUGAGGGGUUUCGGUUUCAUCACUUGUUUUAUUGAGGAAGAAACAGCAGUGAGCUUCUGUACAGUUUAGUCUUCGCUUUUAAACAGUGUUGUUACAUGAAAACUGUGCGUUUCCAGUGUUGUUAAAAUCCGUUAGAAAAAGGAUAAAAGAUACGCUGCUUUAUCAACGUCUUACAGUGUGGUGCAGUCUAUAUUGUACGCCGCCUGUAAAGGGACACGGGGGGGAACCUGUACGGUGAGCACCAGAAACAGUUACUUAUUU